AACUACCGCGCAAACUUCCAUUUCUUCGGCCUUUUAAAGGGAGACACUGGCCUGCCAGUUUCUCUCUGAAACUCCUGAAUCGCACACGAACAGGACGAAGAAAACCACCGAGACUAGUUUGCAAGUUGCAACCAUGGCGUCCUGCGUGGUGGGUUGCUUGCAGCAGUGCUUCUCGCCGUCGGCGCUCCGGUCGUACCUCGCCGAGUUCAUCUCCACCUUCCUCUUCGUCUUCGCCACCGCCGGCUCCGCCAUCUCUGCCCGUAUGCUCACGCCGGACUCGACAUCGUCCGACGCCUCGUCCCUGGUGGCCACCGCCGUUGCCCAGGCGUUCGCGCUCUUCGUCGCGGUGUUCAUCGCGGCCGACGCGUCCGGCGGCCACGCCAACCCCGCCGUCACGUUCGCCUUCGCCAUCUGCGGCCACAUUGCCGUCCUGCCCGCCGUUCUCUACUGCGCCGCGCAGUUGCUCGGCGCCACCUUCGCCUGCCUCGUCGUCCACAUUCUCUCCGCCGGCCAGGCCGUGCCGACGACGAGGAUCGCCGUGGACAUGACGGGGUUCGGCGCGUCGGUCUUGGAGGCGGCGGCGACGUUCAUGGUGGUGUACACGGUGCACGCGGCGUGCGACCCCCGCCGGGUCAGGGCGGGCGGCGGGAGGUCCGCCGCGGAGACGGCGACGGGGUCGCUGGCGAUAGGGCUGGUGACGGGGGCGUGCGCGCUGGCCACGGGCUCGCUCACCGGCGCGUCCAUGAACCCCGCGCGCUCCUUCGGGCCGGCGGUCGUCAGCGGCGACUUCAGGAACCAGGCCGUGUACUGGGCCGGCCCGAUGGUCGGCGCGGCCCUUGCGGCGAUCGUGCACCAGCACGUGAUGUACCCGGCCUCGUUGCGGCCCGGGAGCGUCGAGACGGUGGUUGUGUAACAGCACAGGCCCAGUUGCUUUCGUCAGGUAGGAAGGAAGUUGUCUGUCAGUAGGCAGGCCUAGGCCUUUGGGCCCGUUACGUUUAACGUAGUGGCAUGUUGGAAAAUUUCAUCUGUAGUUCUGUAUUUGAA